UGCGUGACGUACAGCGUCAUCUAGCGUCAGCGCGUUCUGCGCACUGCGGAAGUGACGUAGAAGUGAACACGCACGCACGUGUGUAGCGCAGCAUGUUUCUGCAGCACAUGUUUGUGUUUAUGUGACUGUAAGAACGCUGAUCGGAACCGGUGUGAAACUCGAGCGGCGCUGUGUCGGUCAUGACGGGGGAACACGAGCGGUAUCCGCCGCCGAACUUCAGCGCAGCAGCGGAACCUCCAGCGGCGCUUCACUGGAGCGGCUCCACGCCGCAGAGCAGCCGCAAGUUCGAGGCGUCCCGAGACUGGAGCUGGACUCAACCGGCACAGACCGGACCCUGGCCCGGCCACCACCAGCCGCAGCAGUACGCAGGUCAUCUUCAUCAUCACCAUCCUCAGCCUCCUCAUCAUGGCUGGCGGGGUUCAGCGCAGCAUCACUGGGGUGGAAAGAAGCAGCAGAAAGAGCCUGGGUUCAGUCAUUUCUGUGACACCUGUGACCGAGGCUUCAAAACUCAAGACAAAUACGAUGAACACAUCUCGCAGCACGUGAAGUGCUCUGUUGAAGACUGUCUCUUCACUGCACACGAGAAGCUGGUGAAGAUCCACUGGAGAAACAAUCACGCUCCAGGAGCCAAGAGGAUCAAACUGGACACUGCAGAGGACAUCGCCAGAUGGAGAGACGAGAGACGCAAAAACUACCCAACGCUGAGAAACAUAGAGAAGAAGCUGAAGCUGAUGGAGAUGAAGGAGCAGCGAGGAGACGUGCUGGAGACGGCUCAGUUCGGUCGCAUCAGGAGCCGCGGUAGGGGACGAGGAUCUGACCGCUGGAGAUGUGAAGGGUCCCGUCAUCACACGAGCUCUGAGACGGAUCUGAAGCGGCCGCAUCAGGACAGAGAUCCUCUGGCGGCUCUCGUCUGCAGUGACCCCGAGUCUGAUAAGGACGAGUCUGUUCAGCAGACGCAGACUAGACUCACUGUCGCCCCCAAGAGCGUGACCUCUGCCCUCGGGUCACUGAUGUCCAGCUACGGGGACGAUAUGACCUCCAGCGAGAGCGAAGGAGACGCAGACGACGCUCCAGUGCUGAGAGUCAGUCAGGCUUUAGAGGAGAAUAAGACGCUCCUGAAUCCUCAUCCACUUCCUGUCCAGAGGAUCCCAGCGCCGCACGAGGAGAAACACACACACACACCACAGCAUUCCCAUCAUGCCCCGGCCGGCAGAGGAAGAGGACGCGGUCGUGGUCGCGGGGCGAGAGGAGGACGAGGAGGUAAAACCUUUAAACCUGCUGAAACACAGAGACAUCGACCUACACUACUAGAGAUGCUACUGGCUCCUGAUAUCCGUCACGAGAGGAACGUGGUUCUCCAGUGCGUCCGCUUCAUCGUGCGCAGCGGGUUCUUCGGUCUGGCUGCUCAAGACUCUCGUGAGAUCAGUGUGUCUGUGAACACAAGCGCUGAGCGAGCAUCAGAUGAGGACCUCAGUGGAGACAGACAGCAGCGCUCCGAGACCAGCUGUGACACGAGCGCUGGUGAAAACACGCGUGUGAACGAGCGUCCGGAGCGCCGCGGCGUGUUCCAGCAGCUGUUUGCUCAGCGGUUAGUGUGUGACGAGUCCUCCUGACGGCAGACGCUCAGAAACCUUUUUUUCUUCCACUUGUUAUUUUUAUUUACUAAUCAUGUGUUUGGCCUUUCAAAAGAAAAGACUCAUAACUAAUGAAUGGAUAUGAGUUAGUUUGAUCUGUAUUUUGAGCUCAUGUUCUGACUGUAGUUCUCUCAGAUGCAGUAAAUCUGUGAUUAUUUAAUGUUAAUCUUCAGAUCAUGCGUGUCCGCUGCUAAUCCUGACAAAAUAGUGCCUUUGUAUUAUGCAGUUAAAUAAAUAUGAACUUUACGGGCUGUG